GUUUGAUCUUUGCUCGGUGGUGUGGGGUCCAAAAAAGAAAGGGAGACGAUGACCAAGGAAGCGGUCCAAGUGCAGGUGCCGUCAGAGGACCCGAAGAAGAAGGAGAGCCUGGAGCCCGUGCAUGCGCCGCAAAAGGAUAAUGGCGCGGACACGAAGGAGCCAGAGGACUUGUCGGACGAAGACAAGCAACUCAAGGAAGAUCUCGAAUUGAGUGUCACGCGCAUCGUCGACAUCCAUGAACAAAUCGGCGUGAAGAAGCUCGCAUUGGAAACGUUGCGCGAACUCAUCCGCACGGCCACGUCCAGUAUGACGUCGGUGCCGAAGCCACUCAAGUUUCUGCGUCCCCAUUACAAUGCACUCAAAGACGCGUUCACGACGCUGCAACCUGCCAACCAGACGGAACUCGCCGACAUUCUGGCAGUGCUUGCCAUGACGAUGGCCCCUGAGGGCUCUCGUGAAAGCUUGCAUUUCAAACUCAAGGGCAACUCGACGGAAUUGGGAUUGUGGGGCCACGAGUUUGUCCGGUCGUUGGCCGGGGAAGUCGGCGAGGAAUACACGGCGCGCGUCACGACCACCAUUGAUGCCAACGUGGACGACUUGCUCGCGAUCGUGGAUGCAAUCGUGCCGUUCCAUAUGAAGCACAACGCCGAGCCGGAAGCGAUCGACAUCCUCAUCGAAGUGCAAAAGCUCGACCGGCUUCUCGCCUCCCCCGAGAUCGACGACAAGAACUACCAGCGCGUGUGUCUGUAUCUGUUGGCGUGCGCCGACUUCAUGAGCGACCCGGACGACCUCCAGACGCUGCUCAACACUGCGUACGCCAUUUACAUCCGCGUGGACAAGCUCCCCGACGCGUUGCGCGUAGCGUUGCGCUUGGACAGCGAGCCUCUGGUCGCCGACGUGUUCUCCAAGGCGAACGACCCGGCCGUGCGCAAGCAACUCGGGUACAUUCUGGGCCGCCAGCGGUUUUGCUACGACGACGAGCACCCCGAGCACGCCGCCGUGGACCAGAUCGGCAACUCGGAAUUGAGCGACAAGUUUCUGGCGCUGGCUCGUGAUUUGGAUGUGCUCGAGCCCAAGACCCCCGAAGACAUUUACAAGUCGCACUUGUCUGAGACGGGCAGCGUGACCCGCGGCCGCGACGGCGGCGCGCCCACCGACUCUGCCCGCGCCAACCUCGCGUCCACGUUUGUGAAUGCGUUUGUGAAUGCUGGCUACGGCACCGAUAAGCUCAUGACUGUGGAGGGAAACGGAUGGCUGUAUAAGAACAAGGAGCACGGCAUGACGUCGGCGGCGGCGUCCCUCGGCCUGCUCAUGCUGUGGAACGUCGAGGAAGGCAUCACCGCGAUCGACAAGUUUUUGUACUCGGGGGACCCGCACAUCAAAGCCGGCGCGAUCCUCGGCGUCGGCAUCGUCAGCUCGGGCAUCCGCAACGAAUGUGAUCCGGCGCUCGCCCUCCUCUCCGAGCAUGUGGACUCGGGAAACUGCUCCAUCCGGUGCGCAUCCGUGCUCGGACUUGGCAUCGCGUAUGCCGGCUCGUCGCGCGACGACGUGAGUGAGCUGCUGAUCCCCGUCGUCUCCCAUGCCGACGAGAACGCCGACAUCCAAGAGGUGAGCUACGCGGCGCUGGCCCUCGGCAUGGUUGAAGUCGGCACGUGCGACGAGGAGGCGGGCAGCGUACUCAUGCAGCGUCUCAUGGAGUCGACCGACGCCGAGCUCGACUCUUCUUGCGCACGGUUCCUCUGCCUCGGGCUCGGGUUGCUCUACCUCGGCCGCCAAGAACGCGUGGACGCGAUGCUUGAAGCCGCCAAGACCAUCCAACAUCGCAUCUCAAAGUACUUGGCCAUCACGCUGGAAACAUGUGCGUAUGCUGGCACGGGCAACGUGCUCAAGGUGCAGUCGUUGCUGCGGGUGUGCGCCACCCAUGUCGUGGACGACCCUAACGAAGGCGCGCACCAACUGGCGGCGGUGCUCGGGAUCGCGCUCGUGACCGUCGGCGAAAGCGUCGGCAGCGAAAUGGCCGUGCGCACCUUCGACCAUCUUCUCCAGUACGGCGAAGUGAACGUCCGCCGCGCGGUGCCGCUGGCGCUGGCGCUGCAGAGCGUGUCCAACCCAGAGUACUCGCUCAUUGACACGCUGUCGCGGCUCACGCAUGACGCGGACGCGGGUGUCGCCCAGAGCGCCAUCCUCGCGCUCGGCCUCGUGUCCGCCGGGACCAAUAACUCGCGCGUCGCGGGGCUGCUUCGCCAGCUGUCCGAGUUUUACAGCCGCGAAGCCAACCACUUGUUUGUUGUGCGCAUUGCUCAAGGGUUUCUUCACAUGGGCAAGGGCCUUAUCACGCUGCACCCGUUCCACUCGGACCGGCUGAUUCUGUCGCGCGUGGCGCUGAGCGGGCUUCUGGCCGUGCUUCAUGCGGCGCUGGACAUGGAAAAGACUAUCUUUGACAACUCGCACUACUUUUUAUAUUGCAUCGUCACGGCCAUGCAGCCGCGCAUGCUCAUCACGGUGGACGAGCAGGGCAACCCCCUACCCGUGUCUGUGCGCGUCGGCCAAGCGGUGGAAGUGGUGGGGCAAGCCGGCCGACCCAAGUCGAUCACGGGCUUCCAGACACACAACACGCCCGUGCUGCUCAAUGUGAAGGACCGCGCUGAGCUGGCCACGGACGAGUACAUUGCGCUCACCAACGUGUUAGAAGGCAUUGUCAUUUUACGCAAGAAUCCCGACUUUCAACCCGAUGCCUAAGCUACUAGGAGUGUGGUGAUGUCCAGGGAAAAAUAUAUUUCGUACCGCUUCACCACGAGUACAAUACAUAUAUAGAUGCUAUAUAUAUAUGCACAAAGCAAAUGC